AUGGGAUCUGAAGAGUCAUGGAAAAAAUUCAUUGGCGAUGCCAUCGCAGAUAACAAAAUCGUCUGUCGUACUUGUAGAAUGUAUAAUCAGGAAGUACAGAUUGUUCCAGGUGAUGAGAAUAAGAAAUGUCGUUGUGGUCGCUUGAUCCGAUGCCAUAGUUUAGCUGGUAGCUCCAAACCGCUAUAUACAAGCAGCAACAGUCCUGAAACAACAAAUUCUCAACAGGAGUUUAAGCACAUCCAUUCUACUACUGUUCCUGUGACUGUAUACGGAACAUCAAAAACCACUGAAUCUACUGGUUGUAAAUAUAUUCGAAUUGAUCAUCAAACACGUGUGAAGCCUAUCUAUAAAUUACUUGUUAAUGAUUGCGGAGGUAAAAAGCCAGCUGUCAUUUUAAGUAUUUAUGGUGGUGCUAAAUAUUUCACUAUGACUGACAAACUGGAAAAAGAAAUUAUACGUGGUAUCAUUGAUGCUGCAGCAAUGUCUAAUGCUUGGAUUCUAACUACUGGUAUUAAUAAUGGUGUAUCGAAACUAGUUGGUGAAGGAAUAUCUCAUUAUCGUUUAUUGAAAGCUAAUCCAAACAAAAUUGUUUGUAUUGGACUAACAAAAUGGGGAACAAUCAAUGGAAGGACACGUUUUGAUUUGAAAAAUGCAAAUAAAAAGGACUAUGAGCUAAAUCUAUUUUUUCGACGAAUUUAUGAUGAUGGUGACGAUACCGACGAAACCAUCGAAAGGAAUCAUACACAUUGCAUUCUAUUUGACGAUGGUAAAAUAGGUGAUUAUCUAAAUGAUGGACAACGAGAUGCUUUAGUUAAAGAAGCAUGUGAAGAUGAAGAUCAUGAAUGUUGUGGUGUAACAAUUAUUGUUGAAGGUGGUAAGAAUACGAUUGAAGUUCUUCAAAAUGAUAUAAAACAAAAUCGACCAAUUGUAUUUAUUGAAGAUAGUGGCCGUUUAGCAGAUGUAUUUGCUUCGUUAAUUAAUCAAACAACUGAUGCAAAGACUGAUCAACAAUUUAUUCCAUCAGAUGAAGUUAUGAGAAAAGCUCUGAUUGAUUUCUUUCCUAGUCUCGAUGAAGAUGAUAUCACCGGAAUAACAACAAGAAUACAAGAGAUAUUAGAUAAAAAGAAUCGUCAUUUACUAAAUGUUUUCCGUAUGGAUCGUGAUAAAAGUGUAGCAGAAACAAUAUUUAAAGCUAUUUUUAAAAUGAAAAAGAAACAAAAUGAAAUCGAUAAUAGUAGUGAACAAAAUCAAGAUCCACAGUAUGCAAAGGAUGAAGAUAUUUUAUUAGAUCUGGCAUCACAAUGGAACUAUUUUGAUGGUGCUUUACCAAUAUUAAAAAAACGACAACACAUUACGAGCAAUAAUGACGAGAUUAAAGAGAAAUAUAUGACAUGUUACAAAAAGUUAUUUCGAGAGUCAUUGAUAAAAAAUCAUCCAGCUUUUGUUGGAUAUUUUCUUGCUGCUGGUUUUGAUCCACUUAAACUUCUUCGUGCUCCACGUGUUGAACAGUUUCUUGCUGCUGGUUUUGAUCAACUUGAACUCCUUCGUACUCCACAUGCUGAACAUUUUCUUGCUGCUAGUUUUGAUCCAUUGAAACUCAUUGGUACUCAAAGUGUUGAACAACAACGUCAUGAAGAGCUCGAAAAAUUAUAUCAAGAUACUUACGACGAAAUAACCACGAGCAAUCGUAGCUAUAUAAAAGAAUUAUUUGAUCAAUCAACUGUGACAGCAAUAAGAACACUUGAUAAAAAGUUAAAUAAAUUUAUUGGUUCAUUUUUUGAAGCAAUUUAUGCAAAAGAAGAUAAUGAAUGUACAAAACGUAUUUGUAUUGAUCUGGAAAAUCAUUUAUGUAGCUGCUGCAGUAGUGCAAUAAAGUAUUGUGCUUCAAAUAAUAAUCAAGUUUCGCCACAAGGUAUUAAAGAUACUCAAUCUCAGGAUCAAGAAAAGAAUACGGAAGAACUACUUGAAAAAAAUAAAUUAUUACGUGAUUUAUUUUUAUGGUCUGUAUUUAUGGAUAUGCCUGAAAUCGCAAAAAUACUUCUCAUUCAUCAACAAUCUCGUAUAUGUGCUGCUUUAAUAGCUUCAGCUAUAUUUAAACGAUAUUCGAAAUUGUCGUUAACUGUUGAUCUAAAAGAAAAAUUUAAAAUUCAAGCUGAUGACUUUGGAAAAUAUGCAGCCGAUUUUAUCAAUGAUUGCUACAAAUAUAAUGAACGAUCAGCAUGUGAAUUACUUCUACGACAAAUACCACUCUUUGGUAACAUUACAUGCAUGCAGAUUGCUAUUUCAAGCGAAAAUAUCCAGCUAGUUGGAACAGCUUGUUUUGAUCAAACACUCACUCAAGUAUGGUACAAUAAAUUAUCUAUGACAAAUAAUCAAACAUUAACAAGACCGUCACAUUUUUUAUCCAUAAUAACUCUUGGACUGUUAGCUCCAUGGAUAAUUCCGUAUCGGGAAAAUGAAAAUAGUAUGCAAGAUAUAUCAUUAUCAACAAAAGGUAUCAAUUAUUAUACCGAUGAAAAAAAAACUGAAAAAUAUUGGACCCGUUUUCAGUAUUUCCAUGGAAGCCCAUUCAUUAGAAUGUGUUAUCAUUUUAUAAGUUAUAUUUGGUUUUUACUUGUAUUUAGUUAUAUGAUGCUUUAUGAGCUAAAUGAUCCAGAUACAUUAGAAAUUCCACAUUGGACUGAAAUCUAUGUUAUUAUUACAGUAUCAACUAUGUUUUGUGAAGAGAUUCGAAAGCUUUUUCAUGAGUAUAACUAUCGAAUGGUUGAACGAUGGGGUUCAACCGGAUCGACUAUAUUAACAGUUUUAACAAAUAUAUUUUAUAUUGCACCAUAUUUUUUAUUUUAUCUUGGUCUAAUAUUUCGAUAUAGUGGCUACAACGAUAAAAUCUUUACUACUGGAAGAAUUAUAUGGGCAUUUGAUCUUGAAUUAUGGUAUCUUGGUUCAUUGAAAUUCGUUGUAGCUAUAAGAUCGGUAGGACCCAAAUUAUUUAUGCUUAAAAAUAUGCUUCGUGAUCUAGCUGCUUUUUUCUAUAUAAUUUUGAUUGCAAUAGCUGCAUAUGGUGUUGUAUCUCGUGCAUUAAUUCUUUACCGACAAAUUCCAUUUACUGGUAGUGAUAUAUUUAGAUCAAUCUUUUAUGAACCAUACUGGUUUAUAUAUGGAGACGUAUCGGAUAAACAUUUACUUGAUGAGAUAAUCAGUAAUGGUACACAAUCACUUGUUGCUGAAGCAACUGCUACACAUGUUUUAUUAGCAUUUCAUAUGUUAUUUAUUAAUAUUCUUAUAUUGAAUUUAUUAAUUGCUGUUUUUACUGAUACAAUUGAUAAAGUAAAAGAAAAUACAGAAUUUUAUUGGCGUUAUCAACGUUAUUCGUUUAUUCGUGAAUAUUUUGAACAACCGCCAUGCGCCUAUCCACCAUUAAUCAUAUUUUCACAUAUUAUACUACUUGUUCGUUAUAAUUAUUCAAAAUCAUUUUGUACAGAAACUGAAGUUAAUGAUCAUACAUCAGAAUCAAUAACAUUAUUACGUAAUUUUAAAAUGAUCGCAGCAUCUGAUACAACAAACGAACGUUGGGAUGCAUUUGAAAAUGCUGCAACACAUAAUUGUGCUCGAUCAAAAAUAGAAAAGGCUACGAAGAAUGAUCAUUUGCUAUCUGACGAUGAUCAUUCACAUAGCACAACUAGCAUGAAUGAAUCUAAGAUAAUGAAAGCAAUUUCUGAUCAACAACAAAAGAUAAAUGAAAUGGAUCAACAAAUGCAAGGCCAUGCACAAGAGGUAACUGAAUCAUUACGAUGGAUUAUGAAUGCAAUAGCACGAGUAAAAAUGAAUGACCGUAAUAAAGAACCACCCUUAUUGGCAUCAAUAUCUACUGGUAAUAGUAAUGUUUCGGUAUCAACUCAGACAACAGAAAAUUCUGAUUAA